UGGUCUGUCGAUUGUACAGUCAUGUGCUGGUUGCGUUGCUGCUGGAACAGACAGGAAAUCACACUAUUAAACCAAGAAACCACUGACACGAGAGAACAUAAGGAAGUUUCUUGUCUUCAUGACUUCAUGUAAAAACCUCAGAGAAGUAUUAGUCCAGAGGGUAAUCAUUGAAAUGGAGACAUGGGAGGUUCCUACUUCUUCAGAACCCACUCAGGCCAGUACCUCAUCACCAGUAGUUAACAGGUCUUGUGUGGAUCUGACCUCCUACAUGGUUCUGAGUGACACAGAGAAGAAAGCCAUUGGCUCCAUCUGUUUCCUGGCAGGUCCUAUCACAUUGCUCGAAAAUUCACUUGUGCUAGUCGUGAUUGCUGCAACAACCUCUCUACGGCGGCGGCCCUCCUAUAUGUUCAUUGGCAGCCUUGCUCUGGCCGAUGUCUUUGCCAGCUGUUUCUUCACCACCAGUUUCCUGGACUUUCACCUCUUUCAUCGCAGCGAUUGCCCCACUGCCUACCUCUUCAAGUUAGGUGGUGUCACCAUGGCCUUUACUAGCUCAGUGGGAAGCUUACUACUGACUGCUCUGGAUCGCUACCUUUGCAUCUACCAUGCCUCCAGCUACAAGGUGCUGCUGACACGAUGGCGAGCCAUGCUGAGCCUACUGAUUCUCUGGAGCACCACCAUCGUCAUCUCCUUCUUGCCUCUGAUGGGCUGGAGGUGCCCCUCUACUAUGACCUGCUCACAUCUGUUUCCCUACAUCAGAAAAGACUAUCUGGGCUGCUGGACCAGCUUCAUCCUGGUGUUUCUGGCUCUUAUUCUGGGGGCUUACGCUCUCAUCCUGUGGAAGGCCCAUCGUCAUGAAUCGUCUAUGACCAGCCUCCAGGGAGCAGCAGGGACAGGCCAUGCACGCAUGAGGAUGGAUAUCCGGCUGGCUCGUACCUUUGGCCUGAUCGUACUCAUACUGGUGAGCUGCUGGCUUCCUGUGCUUUCUUUCAUGCUAGCUGAUGUCUCUGUGAUCCUGACCCACGCCCAACAGAGAGCCUUCGCCUUUUGCAGCACCCUCUGCCUGGUUAACUCUGCUGUCAACCCACUGCUGUACGCCCUGCGCUGCAGAGAGCUAAGAGUUGCUCUGGUGCAGUUACUACAAACGCUGUGUGAGAUUGGGAGGUGUAAAACAGCAACAGAGGAUUUAACCUCAGGACUACCCUCUGCAGAAAACAACUUUACUGCCAUCUCUGAGGACGAGCUGCCCGAGCUCGGAACCACCCCACUCAACUCCGUCUCAGGAAUGGUCAACAAUCAGCAGCUGAACAUCAGAAAAUGAAGGAGGUGGAGAGCUGUAAUUUGAAAAAGUUUAGCUAUACAGAUCAGAAAUAUUUAUGGCAGUGUGUUGUUGGUGAAGAUGGUGAUUCAAAUCAACUUUACUGUAGAUUAAGAAUCAAAUCUACAGUAUCCAAUAGUAGGAUUCAUUGUCAUCAAAAGGCUAGACUGAAACAAGACUAUUUGGCAAAAACUAUUAAACAAUAAGUCCUGAAUAAAGUUAGUAGUUAGAGGUGAUCAAAAAUCAUCACCUGAUCAAAAUCAUCACCUCUAACUAACCCUGCAUUUCGUCUAAGAAAUGCAGGGUUAUGGUUGGUUUUACAUGCAAUUACAACUGUAAAAAAAAAAAACUUGUUAGGAAACAUUAACCCUAGAAACUAGUUUGUCACCUUUACACAUUAGUUUAAUCAUAACAGUUACAACAUUAAGGAUUAAUUGUUAACCGUUAACCAUUAGUACUAUCAAUAAGUAUGAUCAACAUGGUAUGAUUUCAGUACUUCCCUACUUGCAAGGCACGAUAGGUUUUGUUAAGCAUUUUGUGAUAAUAACUAGGACUGGCUGGACUAUUGACGUCAGUGGAAAUAAAUCUCCAGGCAUUUGUUUAGGUCAAGCAAAAGGUUUACUGUGUCUUUUUUAAGUGAGAUGAUGUAAUGUGGCUAUCUAACCCGUAACCUUUGACCUCACUGCCUCCCAUGCCAUUGCUUUAAAGCUCUCACUCCUAUGAAAUAUUGUGUACAGUGAACUGCUGACUCAAUGUUUGAGUUUACAAUUUGUUGUUCAUAUGCUUGCUAAUGCUACAGUGUUUGUCCCCGAGCAUGCAGGAACAGAGGACCCUGUGGAUUGCCUAUACUAUCUGCACAUGAAUGCGAGGACUCCACAAAAGCCCCAUGCAUGGGAGGAUUUUGCACAAUGUUCACCACAUGAAUCCAAGCAGUGUGCUGAGGUAAAUGAGGCACAUGCCAGGAAGAGCAAACAAGCACAGGGACUAGAACACUCUUUGCAGAAGAGACAACUGGCAGCUGCAGUAAUGCACAUACUGAUAUGGGCUUAAAGUCAUAGUCACACAUAGGGCAACAAAAUCGAGAAUCAUGAAAAUCUUAAAUCUUAGGUCACUGGAUAGUAUUCAGAAUACAUUUCACCCAUUAUAUCAAUAUUAUUAAAAAUAAUACUUGACCAUACCCUGUUUUGACUCUUUAUGUGUUUGUUUAAAAAAAAAAAACCAUUACUCAUUUUACUCAUCUCAUUAUGAAUCAAGUGACAAAACAGGAUGGAAGUGUGGUGUUUGCAAUGAGUUUCAAUUGUAUCUGACUCUGUCAGUCUUCUGAGUGGAUCUUUGCUGCCAGAUGUUCAUGGAUCAGAAAGAGUACAACCUGUUGGAUA